AUGUGGUCAUCGCUCGCGGCGUGCCGGGCCCUCGCGGGGCCCCCGAUGCGCGCUAAACCCGCAAUCCCGCGUCUCCCCACCCGUCAUCAUCGCGUCGGCGGUGCGCGCCCGGGGCUUCUCGGCGCCGACGCGUCGUCGUGGGUGGCGCGGGGGUGGGUCAACGAGUACGGCGACGAGUACGAAGACAUCGACGAGGACGACGACCUCGACGUUCGCCGACGGGGCGGGCCUCGCGUGGGAAGGACCGGCGUGCCCCCGCGCCGAGGCGCCCGCCCGCCGCCGCCGGGUAUGCCCCGAGCGCAACCGCCGCGCCAACGCGCUUCGUCGUCCGACGAGGCUCGGCGCGACGACGACGACGACGACGAAGGCUCUCGGGUCGUGAUGGAGACGGUUCAGUGCCGCUCGGAGCAGGAGAUCGGGCGCGUCAUCGGCCGCGGCGGAUCCACCGUCGAGCGCAUCCAGGCGGAGACGGGCACGAAGAUCCAGGUCGACUCCAGGACCCUCUGCGUCGACAUCAAGGGCUACCCGAGCGACGUCCGCGAGGCCGUGAGAAUCGUCACGCUCGUCACCCAAGAAGGGUUCGGCGGAUCCGUGGAGAGGGUGCCGUGCACCGGGUCGGAGGGUGCCGUCAUCGGCCCCAAGGGCGCUCGCAUCCGCGCAAUCGCGAAGGAGACGCGAGCGAGGCUGGAGGUUCAAGUCUCCGACGACGGCGACGGUUCUUCCGAGUGCGUCAUCCGUGGGUCCCCGCCCGAGGUGGCCGCCGCCGCGGCAUGGGUCCGCGAACUCGUCGCCAUGGACCGCGACGACCGCGACGCAGCCGCGAGACGCGGGGGGAACGACCGCGGGGGUUGGCACAAACCGUACUACAAUGACGACGGGUACGAUGAGUACGCGGAUCUCGAAUCGCCGGCGUGGGACGAGGGGCGUGGUCGAGGCGGCGUUCGCGACUGGGACUCGUACACCCGACCGAUGCGAAACCCGCCGCUGCCGUUCGGGUACGACGAAAGUGGGGAGCGGACGACGCGGGACGGACGGGUGAAGAGGCGGGAGUCGUCGACGACUUCGGGAGCCGGGGGGGCGCGGGGGGGGCGGGGCGGGGGUAGGGGGGGCGGUCGAGGGGGAAGGGGCGCGGGGCGCGCGCGGGGGCGCGAGGGGUGA